AUGGAUUUUCUAAAGGACGAACAGAAAUUCAAGGCUCUGGCUAAGGACGUGUUCAUUGCCAUAGAUGAAAAUGAAAAUGGUUACAUCGAAUUUUCGGAAAUGAAAAGAACUGUUCUUGAAAUGUAUAAGCAGGCGAAUGUUAAGCAAUUGAGUGACGAAUAGAUUUCUGAUAUAAUAAAUACAUUUGAUUAAGAUGAGAAUUAAAUAUUGAGUUAAGAGGAAUUAGCAAAUUUAUUGCGGAAAGUAUUGGAAAAAAGUGUAUAACUGCAGCAGGAAGAAGAGAAAAAAAACAAAAAGAAGGCAGAUAAAAAUGAACCCACUACAUUUCGAUCUAAAAAGGUUACAGUAAAGGACAGAGAAUAGCAAAAAUAAGAGUUAAAAUAAUUAAAAGAAGAACUCAAUAGUUUAAAAAAGUUAGAUAAGAAGUCUUAACAGUUACAAAACUAGAAAUUAGUAAAUUAUUAUGUCAAUCCAACAGCAAGAGAUGAGGAGGUGAGAGAGCAAUAACAGAAGUUCGAUGCAUCCAGUAAGAGUUUAUCAAGUUAAUCUCCGCACAGUUCAAAAUCAAGUAUCAGUCUAAACCCUUUGGUCUUCAAUUAGUAUCUGAGAUAAGGAUUUAUCAAAAAUGCAGAUGACAUGAUCAAAGCGUAGGAGAGUGCAAAAACUAAUCAUUUGAUUGGAAUGGCAGUAAAAAGAAGCAGUGCUGGCGAGUGGCAAGGUUUGAUCGAUUACUUUAAUGAUUAAACCUAGAAGGAAUUCGAUAGAACACCAAGUAGUCAGCAAUUCCAUAUAAUCGGUAAAAAACUAACGAAAAAUGUUAAAUUUAUAAUGAUUCACAUUCAAAAUUUGACUUAUACAAAUUUUAGAGAUUUGAGAAUCAAUUCAAAAUCUGAGUUAACUAGUGUUGAUAAACCAGCAUUAUUUUUUUGGGAACUUAACUAUAAUGGCUAGACAUUCUUUAAAAAUUCAGCAAAAGAAUUUCCCAAUUAAUUAAAUGAAUGUUUGGAUACUGUUCUCAUUUACAACUAUACAAAUCCAAUAUAAGUAAUCUUAUGGAAGAAAUAAGGAAAAGACUCAAUCUAUGUAGGCCAAUUUGAUAUAACAAACCAAUUAUUUCAAUUAUUAUAAAAAGUUACAGAUUAGUAAGACCAACUAGGUGAAUAAACUAAGUAUAACUUGAAUCUUCAAAAAAUAAAUAAAUAAUUAAGAAAACUACAGUCAACUGAUAUUAAAUUAUUUAGAAGGAAGAGAAUUUCUUAUUCGAAUAACUAAUAGGAGGAUCCACCUUUAAUUGGAGAUCUGAUUGCAAAGUUUUAGAUGUUCGAAAUCUGUGAGUUUGAUGCCCCUUUAAAUUAAUUUUCCUUUACUAAAGGAUCGCCUCGAACUUUAGAAGAAAGAGAAAGAAGAAUGCUAGUGGAGCAAUCCAAAAAUGGCCCUUACAAAUGGCCAGAUGAUUAACUAAACAAAGCUUUGGUUAUAUAGAUUAAUGAUGCAGGCAUAGAAUUGGCAAUUGUCAAUGAGGAGGAUAUACAAUCAUAUUUAGAUGGUCAAUUAGGGGCUCUUAUCAAAGAAACCUUUUAUUUUGAUACUAGUUCAGGAGGUUCAAGAAGAACCUCUCGUAUAAAAAGACCUCCACUCUCAGAAAAUACAUUGUUAUUGUUGAAAACCUUAGAUGAGAAUCCCUUGGUGGUUCAAGUUAAUGCUCUUAGAUAGACUAUUCGUUAAGGCAGAUUACCAAAGAAAGUAUUGGAAGAGGCUCUUCAGUCAUUUGGUUGUACAGGAUCUCAAUUACUAAUUGAUCAUGUCGAUGAUAUGGGUAUGUGUGAAUACGAUUACUGUAUGGAUGAUGGCUGUUAUGGAGUUAUUAUUGAUACAAUAUAGGAUAUGGGAUUUUCGAAUCCAGACAAUAUUUAAUAGGCUGAUUUGUUUGCUGAGAAGUUGGUAUAGAAUAUUAAGAGUGUCUUAAUGGAAGGGGUUAGAAUUGAACCAUUAUUUGAGUUCUUAAAGAUGGCUGAAAAAAUACCAGAUUUUGGAAUUACUAUCAAUUUGAUUUCUGAUUAAUUCAAGAAUGGAUUAGGGUCAAAGGUUGAUGGAGAUGGAAGUGUAUAAAUUGAUCCUGGUUCUUUUAUUUCUUAUUUUGAUAUCAACAGCAGAGACUUUGAUAAGAUGGAGAAUUAUGAGCACAUCAUGGUUUUAGGAAAAUUAGUAAAAUUAUCUAAAAAGCACUUGGAUCCUGAUGAUCCAUUUUUAUAACACAUUCAAUAAAAUUAUGAGGAAGCCAAAACCAAAGUCUAUUUCACUGUACCUGUAUUGCCAAAGAAAAAGAAAUUGAGAGAGAAAGCAAAACUGUUGGUGUUGCAACCAGAUAAUGUUCAUCCAGGGUUAUUUAGUAAUUUGAAUAUCGAUAAAAAUACACCUCUUGCUAAUGUCAAAUAGCAAUUCUUAAAGAAAAAGAAGGAAAUUUAAAAUAAUAAAGAAAAUAAGGAGGAAGAACAAGAUCCAGUUAAACUACUCGAGAAACCUUGCUUAUGGAAUGUGUGUCAUGAGUUAGUAAGAAGAAAGAGAUGGAACAUGUUUUAUGAUGGUUUCUAAGCUGAACCCUUAUUUUACUUUCAAUAGGGAGGAACAGGGAAUACUCCUAUGAUGGACUUUAUUGAGAAAGGACCGUUUAAUGUCAUCAAUUAGAUGGUCAACCAAUAUCAUCCCAAUAACCCUAAUGAAGAUCUUAAGGACAGUCCCAAACUUGAUCCCAAGAAGAUGUUCGACAUGACUACUCCAAAAGGAAAAAGCUUUAUUCAUGCCUUAGCCUUAAAUUAAGACAUCAAUCCAAUAGGAUAGAAAUAAUCCUUGCAAUAUUUGCUAGGUUUAGUGGAACCUCAAUAAUAAGAGGAAGUUCUAAUCAGUCCAAUGUCACCAUAUGAUGCAACUCCCCUUGUUCUAUAUUUAACCAAGCUCUCAAGCGUUACACCAGCUUUUAAUGAAGAAGAAAUCAAAUCUAUUUAAGAAAUCUUGAACAUCAUGAAGUAACCAUUAAAGAAGCAAUAUUCUUAGUCUCUCUUCAGAGCCAAAUGCUUCUUCAAAAUUCAUAACAUCGAUAUAGAGGAGGAUGAUUUAAAGGAUUACUAUCUAAAUCACAUACAGGUAUCAAAGGCCCUUUCUCUACUUUAACCAGGCAUAUUUGCACUGGUUUCUCAGGAAAUCGAUUGGAUUUAAUGGUUUUCUCUGAACAUUGAAAACUAUAAUUCUGUUCAGAACGAAUUGUCCUUUGCCAUUUACAAUUUAGCAAGAUCGGGUAAAAUAGAAUUUCUUGAAUAAUUUUUGAGCAACUUCUAAAAAUAAUAAAGUCUUAUGCCUUGUUAAAUCAAUCCUGAUCCAGAUUUCAUUAUUUCCUCAAAUCAAGACGAAUUUAUUUCAGAUGAUAAUGGAUUGAUUACAAUUUAUGAUAAGGAUAAAAAUAAUGAAAUAUAGAACACGAAGGAGGAAAUGUUAAAUGAUUUGGCUUCAUUUUAUGCAAAAUAUCCUUUAGAAAUCUUUAUUGGCAUACAACAAAUCUUGAACGAAACGAAAUUUACAUCCCUGAAAUUAAAUAGAAUAUUGAAAGAAUUAAUCUUAUAAACAAUCAAAUUAGAACCAAGAAUUCUAGCUAAAUAAUUUUACUAGAAUAAGAAAUCACCAUAUGAAGAGUUAGUUAAAUUAGGAUUCGAAGAGGAAUUAUAAAAACUCCUCACUCCAGAAUAGGCUCAAGCUUAUCAAGAACAAAAAAGUAAUUUCGCCAAAAACCUAUUGUAGGAAGGCAUAUCAGGAAAAUUAAAAAAUAAAGAAAACCCUCUAAAAUUAGGUAGAGAGAAAGAGGCGGAAUUCUUAAAAUACACCUCAAAGCUAAUGACUGAAAAGGGGUUGGAUGAUGUAUUAAAGUUCAUAGACAAGCUAAAGUAAGAUAACAUCGAAGGUAGAUAAGAAUUAGUAAAGAAGCUUUUCAAUUAAAUGGCAAGAUCACUACCUACUAAUUUUUCCAAAUAGCAAUAUCCGAAGAUAUUUAAAGCUCUGAGAUAAAAUCCAAAUACUACAAAAUAAUUAAAUGAAAAAGAAGAGAAGUUUUAUAAACCACGCAACUAAAACAAAUUAGACAGGAUAAUAGAAAUAAGCAAUGUAAAUAGUUACACAAUGAAAUAGGUGCUAAAUGCAGCACUUAAUUCAAAAAACUAAUAAUUAAUGAACAAUUGUUUACUGUAUUUGUGGAAUAAAUCUCCUGAAAAUCUAACAUCUCGUAAUUUAAGUGUACUUAGACCUUUAUAUUCAAAAUAUGGACAAUAGUACAGAUCCCUUAGUCAUCAUCCAGCUGUUUGCUUAACGCAAUAAGAGUUUGAUCAAUACAUGGCUGACACAAAGGAAAUUGCAACCUUGAAAGACUAUGACAUCGCUGCAAAAGCCUUAACAAAGCUUGGACUACCAGAUAGAUUGCCUGCAAUCCUUAAAAAAUUAGCAGCAAAUAAACCUGAACUGGUAUUUAAUUUAUUAGAAGAAAUUGCAUUAAAUCAGCUAGAAAAAUAGCUUCUUGAAGUACCUGUUCCUCCUCUCAAACCAAAUUAAGAGCAAGUUUAGAAGGUUCAACCUUAAUUUAUAAUCCCUACAAAAAGACAAAUUAUACUAAAUCAAUAUAAUUUAAUUGAUGCAGGAGCUUUGGGUUGCCUCUUAUAAAAUGCUAAGAAGUUAUUGGAAAAAUCUGCUAAAAUGCCUAAGAGUUUGAAUGCUUAUAAUCAUACCUUAAGUAAACAAGCAUUCUAACAAUAUUAUUCUUAGAAAUUGAGGCAGAAUUUCUACACUCAGAAUCCUGGAACGAUGUAUAGUAAUUGGAGUCCUCCAAAACCAAAUAUGGAAAAAACAGUUGAAAUAAUAUUAGACGCAUUGAAAGACAGUUUAGAUAAUUUACUAUAAUAAAAGCCUGAAUUAAUGGAGAAGUUGGAGAAGAUAUCUUUAUUACCUUUAAUAACAAACAAUAUUGCCAUAUUUAAUAAAUUAAACAAUAAGGAGAAUAGAAUAUUCACAGCGAUUGAGAAUAUUAUUUUAUAGAAUCUAAAAUAAAAGGCUUCAAAUUUGGAAUUGGUUAGGAUUGAUAAAAGGAUGAAGAUGAAUCUCUAAUUUUUGGAAUAAAACUUUUUGCCUACUCUAAAGAGUGUGAUGGAAUAGGAAAAGAGUAGAUCGUUGAGAAUAUUUAGGGCUUUGGAUUACACUUUAAAAAAGGAAUAGUAGCCAUUAUAAUUGUAAUUUGCAACUGAAGUCAUUCUCAUAAUUGCUAAGAACUUUGUUCCCUAAGAUUUUUCAGGAAUAUUUGAAAACAAUGUUGAAUAUCUUUUUAAUGCACUCGCUGUUUCGUUGAUGAGGUCUAAGACAACAGAUCAGAGAGCUUUGGAGUUUAUGGGUUCUCAAUUGAAUAAAUAUUAAUUUUAUGAUUUAGUUCAUAGUUUAGAUUUAGGAGAAAAGAAUCCAGAAGAUUAAGGUGAUUAGUAAAUUAAAGCAGGAGGUAAGAAAAAGCCAAACCCAUAGACAAUAAAAUAGCGACUUGAAGAGGCUAGACUAUUUAAAAAAAUUGAAACCUUGCCUUAAAAAUCUGAGAUUGAAUCUGCGAUAAGAUUGGUUGUUCCAUCUUAAAAUAAUAUUCCAUACUUCAUUAAAUUGUUGAAAGCCAAAGUUAAGCCCUUCUUCCAAAAUUAUGAGAAGUAAUAACAAUUUGCGAAUGGAGAGCCAUUUGCAAUUAAUAAUUUAUCUAGUCUUAAUUUAUUUGAAUACUUAAUUGUAAAAUGCCAUUACACACUGAUUUCAAGUAAGGAAUUCAUACAAUUUUAGAACAUUAUAUAAACAUAAAUAAACCCAAGAGUCCUUUAAAGGAAGACUUCAAGUAGUGGUAGUUAUACACUUUUCGAACUAAUAUCAGAUCAAAUUCUCAAUAUGAAGUUACCAUUAUUAUAUAAGGACUAUGAAAACAAGCCAGAAUUAUAGAUAUAUCUAAAUUUGCCCAUAUUUUAUUAAGUAUUGAUGUAUUCUUCUGAAUCAUCAUCAAUAAAGUACUUUGAGAAUUUUAUAGUGGAUGGUGUCAAUUUAAAUUUAUUUUAUAAUUGGAUGAAAUUUAAUGUUCAAGAGGAAAAGAAGGAUAAUAUUUCCUUAUACAACUGCUUCGUACCAAUCAUCACUAAGAAGUAUGGGUUGCUCUUCAAUAAAAUCGUUUAAUUCUUAAGGAAGUUACUCAAAAAUGAUAAAGAUUAUUAUGGAAAUCUUGCUGAAAUUUUGAAUAAUACUAAUUUCAGUGACUCAAUUUAAAAAUUUGAUGAAAAAGGGGAAAUUAAAUUAACUUUGUUGGAAUAUUCAAUUUUUUAGGGAUUUCCAGAUUUUUGUAUGAUAUAUGAUAAGUAAAUCACUUUGAUAAGAAAUCCACUUGAUAAAGAGGUUUUUGAGUUCUUAGAGAACUCUAUACGCAAAUGCUCUGAAGAAUUAAAAUAAGAAGAGAAAAUUUUGAUCAAUUAUUGCAAUAAGUAUGAGAAAGAUCAAGGAAAUUAUCGACUUGUAUACUACAAGAUUUACUUGAUGCUUAAAAAAUAUUUUGUAGGGAAUCAAAAGCAAAAUAAUGCUUUACAAUCAAGUUUGUUGUUGUUUAAAAUCAUGUUAGAAUACAAUCCAGAUUUAAACUUGUUAUUAAAUAUAAAUUAAUCGAUUAAACUAACCGAGGAUAUUCAAGAAAUCGAAAUGAAUAAGUUAUUAGUUGAUGAAUAAUUUUUUUAUCUUCAACUUUAUGGAUUUGAUCAAGCCUUGAAAUAUAAAACGAGUAUAAUUGAUUAUGUAAGAAAGUUUCAUCCUAAACUUAAACUCUUUUGGGUUUAAUAAGAGGUGAUUGAUGCUUUUAAAACUAACUUUCAGUUUGAUUAUACUAAAGGACUCAAGAAGUUGGAAUAUUAUGAUUCGAGCCAAAUGAAGGAUUAGUUUGAUUAAUUCCUUCCAGAGGUUCUGCUAUAUGUAUAUUACAAUUAACCAGAUUUUCUUGAAAGAUAUUCGAAAGAUUCCGAUUAACAAGAACCAUUUAAAUAAUUUAUGAUUUACAAAUACAUGCUACCCAUCAUCCGUCAUUAGUCAACUUAAGAGAUACUACAACCAAUUGAGUAAAAAUAAAUAAAAAAGAAAGAUUUGGAAGAAAUGGUGGAGAAACAGUAAGAAUUUUACAAUAGAGUUUUGGAAUAGAUGUUGGUUGAAGAUGUAGAGUUGAACUUUUAAAAUGCUGCCAUCUUAGUAAUUUAUAUAUCAACAUGCAAUGACCAAAUUGAUUACAUAGGUGAAAAAGAUGCUGUUUCCUUAAAAAUUAUUCCAAUAUUAAACCAUCUUUUAGAAAGACUUUCAAUUUAGGAUCUAAAUUAAUUUAUACUUUUUAUGAUAUUUUAGAUUAGGAACAAUGACUUGUAUAAUAUAGUAAUGGAAUGGAGUCAAUAAUCUAAGGCUGCCAUCAAUAAGGAUAUUUUCAAGGAGAAGUCCUUUAUUCAAGGAAUAUUGAAUUUCCUCAAUGGAAGGAGGAAAUCUGACAAUUUUAACUUCAAUUACUAGCAAAAUGAUCUAUUGAGACUAUUCCAAUUUGAAUUCGCAAAGACAGACAAAAUGUGUAAGGAUAAAAUCUACAGAGGGUUUUGUAUUUUAAGCAUAGCCUUAAACUUUAUCUCAGAACUUGAAUUAUUUAAGUAACAAAUUGAUCCAAAUGAUACAGUUUCAAUUAACAUUGAGCUUUUGGAAAAUUCAAAAGGGAAAAAUAGUUCAUUGAAGGUACUUUCAAUCAAGGAGAUCAUAACGGACUAAGAGCUUAGUGGAUUCAAUUAUCAAAUAGAAGUACCUAUGAUCUAUCAGGAAAAAAACAAUAUUCUGAAUCUGUAGAUCAAUCCGAACAUUCUCAAAGAAUAUUAAGAACUUACAGAAAAAUAAAGAUUCGAGAACAUCUCAAAUAAAAAUCUCUAAGUUUAAUUAAAGGACAAGUAAUUUACAAUCAACUCAAUCCAAGUUUAAAUUGCAAUCAAACCAAAUUAAUUAUAAUUUGAUAACAUUUAGGUUAUUAGCGAUCAACUUUAUGAAAAGUAUCCAUUUUUAUUUGGAGAUCUAUACAACAAUCUUGUCCACAAUAUCGAUUUAGAUAGAGAAAUAUUCUAUGAUGACGAAAAUAAUAACAAAAUAGUUUAAAGAAAAAAUCUUACGAUCGAGGAAGAAGUCAACGUUCAAGCUUACUUCGAUGUUAAAUCAUAUCAGUAUGAAAUUACACUGAAUAUUCUGAACUUAAAGAAACCCUUAUUCUACUAGAAAUGCAGUAGAGAAACCUAAAUUAAAUAGUUAAUUGACGACUACUCAAAAAAACAAAGUUAAUUUAAUUAUAUUAAAAGAUUCUUAAGUGUGGAGGGCAAUAAUAUUGGAGAAUAUUAGAGCAUGAUGGAAUUAAGUAAGGAGAAAAUCAAUCUGAAAAAAUAAAAAAGCUAACUAGGUGAUGAAGAAUUAGAAUAACUAAAAUAAUUACAAGAGAAAUAUAAGAAAUAUCAAGUACCUCCAUAUUUUGUUUAUGAAUUGGAUUGGCCCAUUUAUAUAGAAAAUAAAACAAUUAAAGCAGAUGAGUACAAUUUCCCACCAUUGUUAUUCAAGAAAUUGAUAUCAAUCAUAGAUGGAAUAUUCUUUGAAUCAGUUCUAAGUGAAAAUGAGAACAGGAAGUCUAGUAUCAAGAAAGUUUACAUUAAAGAUCAAAGCUUCCAAAUCAAUUACAUAUCAUUCAUUGAUACACUCGUAAUUUAAUUUGCUAAGAUUCUUGAAUUAAAAUCAAAAAAUAGACUGAUGCAACUGAGCAUUGAAGAUGUAGCUUACCAAGCAUUAGAGUGGCCAUUCCUUAAAUUCAUUAUGAACCUCAUUAAAAAUAAAAUUUAAAAAAGUAGUUUGCUCUUUGAAAUGAAAGAGUCUUCUAAGCCUGAAGUAUAAGUCAACUUACCAGGUAUUGACGAGUGUGUUUAAUUAUCCAAAACAACUUACUUUUAUUAUUGUGGAAUGUUUGUAGUAAGGUUGGGAGUAUUUUUCAACAAAAAACUAUUGAAAUUAGAAAAGCCUGAAGACUAAAAUUUAAGAUAUUCUUAAAACUUCUCAUUAGAUUACAACUUGGAACCUUACAUAAAUUAUAUCAUUAAUGAAACUCAACUAAAAGCAGUUCUAAAAAAAGAAAAUAAUAAUAUUUAAUGAAUGAGAGUAUUUUAAUCAUAAUAUAUAAUCAUUAUAUAUAUAUAUA